GAGCAUGAAGAGGACUUCCACUGUCUUUGGUCAAACAACGAAGACAGCCACACCCUUCUUCUUCACGUCCGCGGACCAUUGGUGCCUUCUUUAAAGGCGUUCAGUUCUUUGACUGACCUCAGCCUUAGAGUUCAAGCCAAUAAUGGCGUCAAGGUCUCCGCUACCACCCAGGUUUAGUUUCUACAAGAAUCAUGAGCCACGGUCCCAUGUGCAGGGACGAAGAAUCGAAUCAGUGAUCUCUUCUCGUAUCGGACGUCAUGUUUUGAUCUCCAAGUCGCAUCACACGGAAAGCAAUCCCAUCACUGCCCGGUCAAAGGUGGAAGAGACAGCACCGCCCUCGCCAAAUUUCCAAAAGCCACUUUCGUGCUACCUUCCGAAGACCCAAAGACACGCCGUCUUCCUUGUUGGGAAGGCCACUUUAGCUAAAGCCGAAGAACGCUGCAGUCCAUGUCUCCACCUCCUCUUGCUUCCUCCGAUCUCUGUGGCAAGAGCCAAAUGCAUCCAGGCAUAGGAUCUCCUAUUCCAUCUAUCCUUUUACUCCUCGCCCUGUCAUCGACUCCAUCUUCUUCCUCGGAGAGCUACUAUCGGUAUGCGGAUUGUGCUUCCCACACAUACUCUUGCGGAGGCACUAAGAUCAACAUCAGCUACCCGUUUCGCGUCGACGGACGUGCCGACUACUGUGGCUACCCGGGAUACUAUGUCUCUUGCAGCAAGAACAAUACUUCCAUGACGAUCGAGAUCGACGGCAAGGGAUACGUCCUCAAGGAUAUAGAUUACUUGAACCACCUCAUUACCGUCGUCGACCCACCCUUCGUCAACCAGUCGUGCCCUCAGCCGUACCAAAACACCAGCCUCGACUUCUCGAUGUACAGCUACAGCGACCGGGACAAGAACGUCACGGUGUUCGUCAACUGCACCGCCCUCUCACCUCCGAUUCCCGAGGUGCAUGACAUGGGUUGCGCACCGGGGGGUCGUCACGGGUUUUACCAGCUUACCGAUGAGAACCACAUAGAGAUGUUUGAAAACUGCAGCUCGAUGGUAGUGGUGCCGAUGCACCAAGCAGCGGCGAACGAGAUCAGGUACGGGAAGCGGAGCUUUAGCGACGCAGUGAAGGGGGGGUUCUCGCUACGUUGGGAGGCAGGGAAGGGGUGGUGUCGUGACUGCGUCGAGUCAGGUGGGCACUGCGGCUUCGACGUGCUCUCUCCGGAGAACCACACCUGCUUCUGCCCACAUAAUUCAACCCUCGGAACAUGUCCUCCUAACAAAGGUGCGCGUUUGGAAACCUCUGCUUGGGUAUAA